CGUACAUUCCCCAUCGCUAUCAUCCGAAACACGCUAUGUAUUAAUAUAGAGACUACUCAUAUAUCGAAUUCCCGAGUCCUUAUAAUUUCCAUAAAAAUCGACUUUAUUAUUCUUAACACCAGCUACUAAGAUCUCUUUCUACAUUUCCAAUCUUAGAAUAUCUUCCUCAUCCUCGUUGUUAACCAUGGGUCCACCGCCACCAACAUCAACAGACGUACCACCAGCUUCUACUCGUGGUCUCUCUCACCCAAAACGCUUCAUCACCGACCAUGACAGUGAUGGAAAUGCGAUCUUUAGUACAGCACUCCCGGAGGAAAUCCCUUUCCAGCAAAUACCCAACGAUGCCAUCUUUUCGCUAUGCUACGCAACGAACGAGUCACCGGUAUUGUUAAAUGACAAUGCGGAUGUUAAUGUAUAUUCCAACUACCUACACAACCUUCCUGGUGUAAUGAUCCCUGGUGGCACUGUUCUGCGCCUGGUGGACUUGCCACCAGGCGCGACAUCGCCCAUGCACCGUACCGUCUCGCUCGACUAUGGUGUAGUGCUAGAGGGCGAAAUUGAACUCAUCCUUGAUAAAGGUGCUACUCGACUGAUGAAGCGUGGUGAUAUGAGCAUACAGCGUGGCACUAUACACGCGUGGAAAAAUGUAGGGGCGGAGGGCAAGUGGGCUAGAAUGUUGUAUAUUUUACAGGAAUGUAAACCAUUAGAAAUUGCUGGCCAGGAACUUGGGGAGGAUUAUGGUGGAUUACAGGUUCCUAAGAGUCGGAACUGAUGGAAAUAUCUUCAUAAAGAUUUAAAUCGAUUUUUGCUUUACAC